ACAUGCUAACGCUUUGUAGCGAGUAGCUUUGUGUUGUUGUUUUCUCCAAUUCAGCUCAUUUUCAUACUAAUACGCGGUUUAAAUGUUGCGUUUUGACGUGUCUGACUGUUGUAAUUGAAGCAAUGAGUUGAAGACUGAUUUUAAAACUAAUUAACUGACGUUAUAGCCGCCUUGGUAGUAUUGAAGUAGUUCCGUAACAUCGUUGAUCUUCGCGACACAUUGUGUUACUUUCCUUACUGUUUUAAUCAUGCAUGUGUGUUAGUAAACUAGUGGCAAGUAAUAUUUUGUGUUUAUUUAAUGCGAGUUAACAAAAAAAGACUACUUCACUCGAAAAAUCUUUUCUUGGUGUCAAAGGUAACUUUCGUGUCAUUCCUAAUGCAUGUAUCACAAUAAUAACUUCUAAUUAGUCAUUGGUGCUACCUUAAAAACAACUAUUGGAGUUAUUCGUCCGCAAUGGCUGCAGUAGGUUUUACCCCGGCCAGAAAACAGGACAUUUUCAGCAUCGAAGCGUCUCAAACGUGCAGCGCAUCCGGCGGACACGAAGCCAGACAGUUUUACGAAAACCUCCUUAAAGAUGAGAAAGUGACUCGGAAAAGGCGAUGUGGACGAAAUGGGCAGAGUAGCAAAAGGAGGAGAACUGAAACACAUGCCGCUGUGGUGGAAAGAAGAGGCGAAGGCAACCGAAGAAGAGAGACGCCAGGCGGAUACGUCAACUCUGAGAUGUCGCUGGAGCUCCAGGGCCACAAGCUGCUGCGUUAUGCCCAAGAUGGAGACCUCGCCGGGCUGAAAGAUUUGCUUUCGAAGGGGGUGGAUAUCAAUUUCCAGGACACUUUUUUCUGGACAGGCGUGAUGUGCGCAAGCUGGUCGGGACAAAGAGCUGCCGUGAGGUUGCUGCUAGACCAAGGCGCCGCGUGGGUGGGCGUUGUCGACACGCAGGGUCGGGAUGCCAAAGAUCUCGCCUCGGAGGAGGUGUGUUGGAGGAGCUGGAGAGCUAUGGGAGAAGUCCACCAAGACCAACUAAUACCCGGUCGGCUCAGCCUCAGCCGUGCGAAGUGUGUGGCGUGGAUUACACAAGCGACCUGUCAUCACACCUGUCUUCCACGCUGCAUCAGUUCAAUGUCGAACGCCCCCCGCCUGCCCCCGACUACUGUCUUCCUCCCUCCGCCAACAGUUACAAGAUGAUGCUCAGGUGCGGCUGGCGGCCCGGCGUGGGCCUGGGUCCGGAGGGCCGGGGGCCCGAGCGACCCGUGGCCACGGUCCUGAAAAGGGACCAGA